AUGGACAACAUUAUCAUACAGGAAACUUUAAAACCUUGGCGAGAGAAAAUAAAGUCAUUUGUUAGAACCGAUGAAUCGAGAAUCAUUUUGGAAGCUUGUAUAAACAACCAAGUGGUUAUCAUCAGAGGAGCAGUUGGUUCUGGUAAAUCAAUAACAACAUAUCAUGCAGCAUUUAACUUAGAAAGCAGCGAUGGCUAUAGCAUAUUUCCAUCAAAUGAUCCUGAACAUAUAAAACAAUACACCUGUGAAGACGGGAGAAACAUUUUCAUCUUUGACGACAUAUUUGGGAAGUAUGUCUUUAACAAUUUUACCUACGACAGAUGGAAGAAAUCGAUGAGUGAUAUUAUUAUAAUGCUUGAUCAUAACGUACACUUGAAAAUAAUAAUUACAAGUAGAUCAAACAUUCCAAUACCAAUAGAAUUGAAACAAAUGGCAGUGCGAUCCAGAUUUGAAUAUCAAUUAUUCUUAAGCUCUCCUGAUAAAGAGAAAUUGGCAGAACAUUUUUGCGGACAAUUUGCAAAAGAAGUAUUAGAAAACAACCAAUAUACCGACUUGUCAUUUUUUCCUUGUAUAUGCAAAGAAUUCGAUAAACUCAAAGAUGUGGACAAAUGUGUUACUAACUUUAUAGAAACUGAGUUAACAUAUAUGAAAACGAAUGAUUUAAUGUCUUAUUUAACGUUGGGACUUUUAGUCGUUUUAAAUAAUCUAGUAUGCAAAACAUAUUUUGAGAACACAUGUACAUUGAUAAAAAAUGUACUGAUAAGUUUAAUAACAGAAUGUAAAUCUGUGAUACAUAUCACUCCUUUUGAAAUCGAGAAUGUAUUAUAUAAUAUGAAAGGAACUUAUAUUCUAGAAAACGAGAUAGGUUUUACUUCAAAAAAUACCUAUAUGUUUGACUGUCUUGCUCUCUAUGUUGGAAAAGAGUUUUGCGGAACUAUUUUAAAAUAUUCAGAUGAUAAUUUCUUUAGAGAAAGGCUGGUUUUUACAUCAGUACAAAUACAAAAGACUAACAAUACAAUACCUAUUCCAAUUACCCUAGAAAACAACUAUUUUGAACGAGUCCUAAAAAUGGUUAAAGCUGGAAACGUAGAGGAAGCGCUAAAAAAUGUACAGUCAAGUUACAAAUCUUACCGUUUUGCCUUAAUCAAAUAUCUUCAAAUUUCAAGUAACAAUGACCAAUCAGCAAAUUAUAUGAAAGCACUUCCUGUAUGUUUAAAGUUAGGAUAUGCAGAUGUCGUUGACCAUCUAAUUUCUACUUACCCAUAUUUAGCAAACACUACAGAAUCGUAUGAAAAACAUCCACUGCAUUUAGCAUGUGAGUAUGAACAAUAUGACUGUGUGGAAGUGCUGAUUAAACACGAAGCAGAUGUCAAUAAGGAAAGUGACGAUUUUCUUUCUCCUUUACACAUAGCUUGUCAAAAAAGGAAUACGAAGAUAGCAGAAUUAUUGAUAAAAAAUAAAGCGGACAUAAAUAUGUGUUCUAGAAACUAUGGAACACCAAUGUCUAUAGCUUGCAACUAUUACUGGGAGGAAUUAGAUCUAGUGCAAAUUUUAGCGAAUAAUGGGGCAGACAUAAAUAAAAGGAAUGCAAAUGGAUCUACUCCACUUCACGAGGCUUGCGCUAAUCGUCGAAAGAAAAUUGUUAGUUUUCUAUUACAACAGGAUGGAAUAAAGGUCAAUGGGACUGACGCUAGAGAACGAACGCCAUUAGUAAUUUCCUGCCAAAAUGAGUUUGAUGACAUUGUUGAUAUUUUGCUGAUGAAUAAUGCAUCUGUAAACAGAGCAGACGAUAGAGGAUUUGCACCACUGCACAUAGCCGCUUCCGGUGAUUUCAAGGAAAUUGCACAGGUACUCCUUAAAAAUAAAGCAUCAAUUAAUCAGACUUGUGCAAAUCGCUUCACUCCACUUACGUUAGCCGCUGGGAAAGGAAGCAUCGAUAUGGUCCAGCUUUUUCUUAAAUACCGUGCAGACAUCAAUGGUCUCUCAGAUGUAUACCGUCAAACACCUUUAUAUGCAGCUUAUAAAGGCAAUCAUAUUAAUAUUGCACAGUAUCUUUUGCAACAAGUUAGAGAAAUUAAAAGCGCAAAAUACAUGUUUUUAUUUACAGCAUGUCUGAUGGGUGAUGUCGCCGGUGUCGAUUUUUUGUUACAAAAUAAAAAGCUAUAUGACCUUAAUUACAAGAAACAUGGUGACACAGCAUUAUGCAUUGCCGCCAGAAAAAAUAAUUCAGAGCUAGUGAACUUACUUUUAAAUCAUAAACCAGACGUUAAUGUUCAUUCAAGAAUAGGAUCGACACCACUUUGUUCAGCAUGCAAGUUUGGAAAUGCAACUAUUGUUGAAUUACUAAUAAGUCACAAAGCAUCAUUAAACCAACCAACAAAAUCUGGAAUGACUCCACUUUUUAUUUCUUGUGCCUUUGGACAUGUAAAUACCACGAGAAUACUGCUUAAGCAUCGUUCCACCAUCGUUGAAGAAGGAGAUAAGCAUGGGUGGACACCACUUAAAGUUUCUUGUUUCACUGGAACGGUUGAGAUGGUCGAGUUAUUGCUAAAACAUAAAGCCAUAGUUAAUCAAAACAUAAGAGUGAGGUGGAAAGGUAAACUAAAUGUAGAAAAACAAUCAAAAGGAAGAAAACCGAAAAUGGUUGUUGAACGUUGUAGAAUGGUUCAUAAUCAUUUUCGAAUCAAGCAAACGCCAUUAUGCAUAUCCUGCUGGAAACUGAAUGAAAAAGCAGUUAAAUUUUUAAUUCAAAAUGGCGCAGAUAUGAAUCAAGGCGAAUCUAAUGCUAACUUUAGGUUAACAAAUGAAAAUUGUGAAAAAUACAUUAAAUCAAAAAAAGCAAUGAGCUCUCUGCAAUUAUCUCCAGAUAUAAAUGAGUUAACCCCGCUUCAAAUAGCAUGUUAUCAAAACAAAACAGACGUAAUUCAACUAUUAGUUUCUCAAAAAGCUGCUUUAAAUAUGUAUACACCAAAAGGAAUAAUAACAAAGGAAAAAAUCAGUUACACCCAACUUGAAGAGCUUAUGAAAACAAAUAACGAAACUUUGCCUAGCGUACGACCGCUAAUUAUAGCAAUAGCACAGAAUACGUUAUCCAUCGUUAAAAUGUUAUUAGAAUAUAGGGUUGAUAUAAAUAUGCCUUCAAGAGAUGGUCUAACACCUUUGCAUUUAGCUGUUUCAGAAAAUGCAACUGACAUCGUUAGAUUGCUUCUGAAUAAACAAUAUAGAUGUCAGACAAUUCAUUAUAUGCAUGAUGGUGUAACUCCACUACUUUUAGCUUGUAGUCACAACAAUUUUCAAAUGGUCAACAUUUUGAUUCAACACGGAGCAGCAGUGAACCAAGUUGGGGAAGAUGGACAAACAGCAUUGCAAUACGCUUGUGAACAAGACAAUAUUGAUAUAGUGAAAUUAUUACUGGAUAAAGGAGCAGAAAUAUGCACAAAAGGUCAACAAGGCCCAUCUCCACUAAAUAUUGCUAAAAAAGAAAUUCAUGAGUUACUUGUGAAAUACAAUACCAAAGUGAAGACAGGGACAGUUCGUAAUUUAAAAAAAUAA